AUGGGAGGCUCGCUCCUCCAAAAGAUCGUCAAAAAUGACGCGAUGAAGCAGGACCCGCCUGAGAUAUACGGAUGGAGGGUGUAUGCUCUUGCGUGUUCUGCUUGCUUUGGGGGGCUUAUCUUUGGCAUUGACACCGGUGUCAUUGGCGGUGUACUUCGUAUGGAAGAGUUCCAAGAGCUCUAUGACCUUGUUGAGAUAUCCCCCCUUGAACGUUCUAACCUCAACGCAAACAUAGUUUCAACACUCCAGGCUGGUUGUUUCGUUGGUGCUCUUCUUGCUGCUCAAGCAGCUGACAGGUUCGGUCGUCGUGCUGUCCUGAUUUGGGCUGCUGGCGGUAUCUCAGUUAUUGGCGUCAUUCUUCAGGCUGCUGCUUCGGGACACCUCGCAGCUAUGUAUGUUGGCAGGUUCAUCUCAGGAUUUGGUACAGGCUUUGCAUCGAUGGUCAACCCACUUUACGUUGCCGAGAACGCUCCUCGAGCUAUCAGAGGUGGCUUAACCGGAAUCUAUCAACUCUUCAUCGUUUUCGGAAUCUUUAUAGCCUACUGGAUCAAUUAUGGCUGUCUUCGACAUGUCGACGGAACUGCUCGAUACAUGGUUCCUCUAGCUAUCCAGGGACUUCCGCCACUUUUGCUCAUGAUAUCCAUGUUCUUAUGCAAUGAAUCACCUCGAUACUUAGCCAAGCAAGACGACUGGGAUGGAGCAAUCAGCGUGCUGUCCCGAAUCCGUGCUCUGCCACCCGACCACCCCUACGUCGCUGAUGAAUUCGCGGCUAUCCGGUCUUCUAUUGAGGAAGAGAACGCUAUCCUUGACGGCACCAGUUGGGUCAGCUUGCAGAAGGAGAUGUGGCUGAUUCCCGCCAACCGGAAGCGUGCGAUCAUAUCCAUUCUGCUCAUGUUCUUUCAGCAGAUGACGGGUACAAAUGCCAUCAACUACUACGCACCCCAAAUCUUCGCCACACUCGGUGUCGACGGCACAGAGAACGAGCUCUUCGCAACUGGUAUCUACGGCCUGGUUAAGUUGAUCGCAGUUGCAGUCUUUCUUGUCUUUGUUGCCGACUCUCUAGGUCGGCGCAAGUCUCUUCUGUGGACUGGCAUUGGCCAGGGCUUGACUAUGCUGUAUGUUGGUGUUUUCAUUGCCGUGGCCAAGCCAGGAGAGCAGGAGGGCGGACAGGUCUCGGCUGCCGGAUACGUUGCUCUUGUCUGCGUCUUUCUCUUCGCCUGCAUGUUCCAGUUCGGCUGGGGCCCAUGUUGUUGGAUCUACGUCUCCGAAAUCGCCACCACGCGCCUUCGUGCAACCAACGUCUCCUAUGCUGCCGCGACCCAAUGGCUAUUCAACUUCGUGGUCUCUCGAGCAGUACCUCCGAUGUUGGAGACAAUGGGAACCGGCGGCUUCGGGACGUACAUCUUCUUCUGCGGCUGGUGUUUUCUCAUGACUGCGUUUGUUUGGUUCUUCAUCCCUGAAACCAAAGGGAUCUCAUUGGAGGCCAUGAACCACCUUUUUGGCUUCCAAGAAGACAUACAGACGAAGCGCGCCGACAUCGAGAAUUCAUCUGUCAACAAUGAGCCCAAGCAAGGCGAUGUGACACAGCUUGAACACAACAACAUUCGGAAAAUUCAGGCUUAG